AUUAUUAAGCGUUAUCGUGUACCUGGUUUAGGGUUCGAACCUCAGAAACCUCGCAUCUCCAAAAAUUUUAAAUUCAUAGAAGAAAAUGGGAGACGCAGAAGAGGAGAACGCUUGCAUAGCUGAAGUAUUUGAUUUCAAGGAGAAGAAGAAAAAGAACAAGAAGAAGACGGCGAAGAAGAGAGUAACAUUUGCUGAGAACGAAGCAAAUUCUCCAACGGUAGUAAACAAUGAUGGCAAUGAAGAUAGUGCUGCUGCUGCCAGCGGCGUUAGGAUUUCUCUGUUCGAUUUCUCGGUCGAGAAUUUCUUCCGAGACAUGGACACCAUUGCCAGACUCUGCGGGAAAGAAAACGGUGCUGCUUUGGACCAGAGCGAGGUUCAGAGAUUGUCUUCCUCAGUCACUUUCUUAAGAGAAUGGAGAGAUUUUAAAUAUCCCUCAAGAAGCAUUAAGUUUGCUUAUGGACUUGAGAGCUCUGAUUGUUCUGAGGGGAGAAAUAUCAGUGCCAUAAAUUUGCCUCCAUUUUCAUCUGCCUCUGUUCCUGAGCAUGAUAAGCAGAAGGAGCAACAUGGGGAGGUUAUAUCUCAGGAAUGCAGAGACUUUGUGAUGAAUGUUGGAGGCUCUGUAUGGGCAUUAGAUUGGUGUCCUCAGAUACAUGAAAAGCCUGAUUGUUCAGUUAAAUGUGAGUUUAUUGCUGUCGCUGCUCAUCCACCUGGCUCUUCUUAUCACAAGAUGGGUGCCCCACUUACUGGUAGAGGUGUCGUACAAAUAUGGUGUCUUCUAAAUGUCAAGGAACACAAUGACAAAUUGUCAAAAAUUAAGAGACCUAAAGGAAGACCUAGAAAAAAUCCAACAGUGGUAGAUGAAAUGAACUGUGAUAAGAAAGAUGGAGACAUAAAUGACAAAUCAACACAAAUAAAGAAGCCUAGAGGAAGACCUAGAAAAAAUCCAACGGUGUUAGCAGUGGAUGAUAUGAAUUGUGAUAAAAAAGAUGCAGGCACAAAUGACAUAUCAACACAAAUAAAGAAGCCUAGAGGAAGACCUAGAAAGAAUCCAACAGUGUCAGCAGUGGAUGAUAUGAAUUGUGAGAUCCAGUACAUGCCAGCUCUUGCUGUUCAAUUUCCAGAAAAUUCUACUGAGUUUCCUACUCCAGAUGGGAAUCAUGAUAACAAUGAAGAAAUACUUCCUAAAAAAGAUGGAGGCACAAAUGACAAAUCAACACAAAUAAAGAAUCCUAGAGGAAGAACAAGAAAAAAUUCCACAACAAUAACAGUGGAUGAUGUGAAUUGUGAGACCCAGAACAAGUCAGCUUGUUAUGUUCAAGUUGCACAAAAUUCUACUGAGUUUCUUGCUUCAGAUGGGAAUCUUGAAAACAAUGAAGAAAUACUUAUUACAUACAAAAGAAAAAGAAAAGCUAAAGAAAAUAAAGAGAGAAAUGAAGAAUCAGCACUAAUAAAGAGGCCUAGAAGAAGACCCAAAUCAAAUUCAAAAGAAGUAACAGCAGAUGAUCCAAAUUGUGAGGAUCAUUCUAUGCCUCUUGAUGUUCAAGUCCCUGAAGAUUCAGCUGAAUUUCUUUCUCCAGACGUGAAUCAUGACAAUUGCAAUGAAAAAUCAGCCCUAAUGAAGACGCUUAGAGGAAGACCAUCAAAUUCAAAAGGAGUAUCAACAGGUGAUCCAAAUUGUGAGAAUGAAAUCAUGCCUCUUGAUGUUCAAGUCCCAGAAGAUUCAGCUGAAUUUCUUUCUUCAAAUGUGGCUCGUGUCAAUUGCAAUGAAUAUGCUUUGCCACAAUGUUCUGUUACAAAGCAAAGGCAUACCAAGGAAGCUGUUUCUGCCUGCAAUACUAUUUCAACAACUCUUAAAAGCAGUGGAUUGAAAAUUAAUCAUACGGAGAUGGAGGGGAGAUAUAGCCAAGAUAGAAGUCAGCCACUACAGUAUGAGAAUGAGGCAAAUCAUCAACCACAUUGGAGCUUUGAAUUGGAAGCUCCACCAGCUACUUGUUCUAUUCCAGAAGAUGUAACAUUGCCAAGAGUAGUUUCAUGCCUAGCUCAUAAUGGAAAAGUGGCAUGGGAUGUGAAAUGGCGACCUACUAACAUUUCUGAUUCUUUUUGCAAACACCGAAUGGGCCAUCUUGCUGUCUUGUUGGGCAAUGGAUCUUUGGAAGUGUGGGAGGUUCCUCUUCCUCAUGUAUUGAGAGCAAUUUAUAUGCAUAAAGAGGGCACUGAUCCACGUUUUAUAAAGUUGGAGCCUGUAUUUAAAUGCUCAAUGUUGAAGCGUGGUGGCUUACAAAGCAUUCCACUGACAGUGGAGUGGUCGGUUACACCCCCUCAUGACUAUUUACUAGCUGGCUGCCAUGAUGGAACGGUUGCUUUGUGGAAAUUUUGUACAAGUUCUUCAUCCAAAUGUGAUGAUACAAAACCUGUGCUUAUUUUUGGUGGGGAUACAGUUCCUAUUAGAACCGUUGCCUGGGCUCCAUUUGAAGGGGAUCCAGAGAGUUCUAAUAUAAUAGUAACCGCUGGACAUGAAGGCCUUAAGUUUUGGGACCUACGUAAUCCAUUUCGUCCUUUGAGGAGCCUCAAUCCUAUGCCAAGAAUCAUAUAUAGUCUGGAUUGGCUGUCAAACCCAAGCUGCAUCAUUAUGUCCUUUGAGGAUGGAACAAUGAGAACCAUUAGCUUGGUGAAGGCUGCAAAUGACCUUCCUGUCACUGGAGAAAUAUACAGUGGGAAAAAGCAACCUGGGUUGCACGGUUCUGCAUAUUCAUCUUUUGCCAUUUGGAGCGUUCAAGUUUCACGUUUAACAGGCAUGGUUGCUUAUUGUGGUGUAGAUGGUGCUGUCAUUCGUUUUCAGCUCACUACUAAAUCAGUGGAGACUGAUCAUUCACGCAAUCGAUCCCGACGCUUCCUCUGUGGGUCAGUAACUGAGGAGGAUUCAACUCUCAUUAUCAACACUCCUUUGUCAGAUGCUCCUUUCCAGUGGAAGAAGCCACCUGAAAAGGGUCGGUGUGCUGAGUCUUUCCGAGACCUAUUAGCCAAGUCAAAUCCAUUCAGAAGUGCUAGUAAUCAAAUGGCAGAAACUUCAAAUCCUGAUUCUCAGACUUUAGCCAUUGGUGCUGGUGAGGAUGUUGGUUUGGAAUCUGGGUCCGAGGAAGCUUUAUGUUCUGUGAAGCAGCCCAAAAGACCAAAACUAAAUAGUGGCAGAAAGAAAAAACCAGAAGGCCUAGCUCUGGUUUGUGGAGAUGAUGAUGCGCCACCAAUUACUCCCGAGGCUGAUAAUGAAAAGUCAGAUUUUGGGAAUAUACCUGAAACCUUCCCUCCCAAAGUAGCCGCAUUGCACAGAGUGAGAUGGAACAUGAACAAAGGUAGUGAAAGAUGGUUGUGCUUUGGAGGAGCUUGUGGACUUGUACGUUGUCAGGAGAUUGUUUACUCUAAUAUUGAUAAGAGAUGGGCCUUGAAGAAAUGACAGCAUCUUAUCCACUUAAAUUAGGUGUCGUAAAGUGCUUCCUUAAUGUGAAUAUCAUCUUUAGAUUUAGAUUAAAUGCCACUAGAAGAAAUCAUAGUAAAGAGUGACGAGUUAAUAUGUAUCAUCUUUUGUUCAUUAUUAAGUGCGGGAAAAGGACUUGGCUUUUUGUAGCAAGUUCACCCAUUUGUGCAAAGCUCCUGAUGUAAAUUGUACUGUUUAAUAUUUAGGUUUUAUUAUUUAAUUUAAGGUUUUAAUUAGUUUUAUUAUUUGAGGUUA